AUGCCAGCAUACGCUUUCGAUAAGCUCAAGUGGUGUGUAGUAAUCCUUCAAAUGUUGGCACUCAGUUAUCAACUGCUGUUUGCUCUGUCUGGCAUGGUCAGCGGAGCUCACGCUCUUCGUUCUGAAACCGAAUCCUGCAAGGCCUAUCCAGGCACAUCUUCUUGGCCAUCUGCCAGCACUUGGGCAGCCCUCAAUCAGACACUUGAUGGACGACUCCUCCAGCCUUCUCCUCCUGGGGCCGUAUGUCACCCGGACCAGCCUACUUACAAUGCGAGCCAAUGUGCAGACGUCGCUGAAGAAUGGACGACGUACGAGUUCCACACCGAGAAUCCAGUUUCUGUGAUGUGGGACCAAUACGACAACUAUACCUGCCUGCCGGAGAUGAAUACAACCUGUUCCUCUGCUGGAUAUCCCGCCUACGUGGUGAAUGCAUCGUCUGCUGAGCACGUCAAGAUUGGCAUUGAUUUUGCCCGCAAGUACAACAUCCGCCUCAACAUCAAGAAUACCGGCCACGAUUACAUGGGCCGCUCCAACUCGCCCGGAUCGCUCUCUAUAUGGACCCACCAUCUCAACCAAAUCACAUACAACCAAGGCCAGCUCAAGCUCAGCGGCUCUGGAAGGAUUAUCUCUGGCGAUUCUUAUACUGUUGGUGGCGGUGCACAAAUGUACAACGUCUACUCCGCCGCGGACAAGCACCACCAAACCAUUGUCGGCGGAGGCGCCAAGAGCGUGGGCAUUGGAGGCUACAUCACAGGCGGCGGACAUUCGGUCCUCGCACCGAGUCAUGGCCUGGCGGCGGAUAACGUGUGGGAAAUGGAAAUCGUCACCCCAGGCGGAGACAUCUUGACAGUCAACGAGGACCAGAGCCCAGACUUGUUUUGGGCCAUGCGAGGCGGAGGCGGCUCGACGUUUGGCGUCAUCACAUCUGCCACGCUUAAGGCAUAUCCUAGUCCAAAAGUCACAGGUGUGACUCUCGUAAUUGUCACCGAUACCAAAGAGUCCUUUGUGCCCGACCUUCUCGCCUACAUCGCCUCCCAAAUGCCAAGUUUGAUGGAACAAGGUGUAUCAGGUUACAACAUUAUGACCAAAGACAUGCAAAACCCCAUUCAAGAACCAGGUCUCCCAGAUCGCAUUGCUGGACUUGUGGGAAGCUGCAUUAUGCAGGAUAUCGACGGCAGCCAAGUAAUUACCGAAGCAUUUAAUCCAAUCAACGAGACUAUUCAACAGCGCUGGCCCAACAAAGUCCAAUUCUACACCAUCAUCGAGCAGUUCGAUUCGUUUCUGGGUUGGUUCGACAAGAACUAUGACAUGUAUUCAGCAGGAGGAAGUGCAUAUCUUGUUUCUAGACUUCUGGAUGGAGAGGCCUUGACGGGCGAUUCAGAAGCACUAGGAAAUGCGCUCCAGGAAGUACUGUCCUCUGGAAGCAAAGGUUCAUUGGCCGCUUACAUGGUAGCUGGAAAGGGUGUUCAGGAGGCAGUGCCAAGAGGAGGCGGCAAUGCUGUCAACCCUGCAUGGAGAACUGCCUACGUUCACGCUUUGAAUGGCGAAACUUUUGCACCGCUCAACAGCACCGACGAGGACAGAGCGAAAGCCGUUUUAGAGAAGAACUUCCAGCCUCUGCGCGAUCUAACACCUGGAGGCGGCGCAUACAUAAACGAGGCACGCCUUUCCGUUCGAAAAAGAUUAUCAACAAACCUUUUGGGGCAGCAACUACGCAAGGUUACUGCAAAUCAAGCGCCAAGUCGACCCAACAGAUGUUUUCUGGUGCUCGCCAUGUGUGGGCAACGAGAGAUGGGAGGUCCGUCAAGAUGGACAACUUUGUCAGAAAUGAUGCGGAUAUAUGGGCCAGGCAUUCGGCCAGUUAUCGCUUGCUACAUCUAG